AUGAAGAAAAGUACGAGAGUCUAUGUAGGUGACGCAGAAAGUAGCAGCUCUACGACUAGUGCUGCGGAACGGAAGGCCAAGAGGAAGGUGGUGUCUAGACUAUCACAUGACAUCUCGACGGAGCAGCUAUUUACCGAUGAACUGAUCGACGGGAAGGUUGCGGACGGCGAAGAUGACGGGAACGACUCUGGUACUGACAGCGACGGCCACGCCUCGAACGCUGGAGAAGAUAUCGGAGCGGUCAAGCAGGGACUAAUGUAUCGCAUUGAAUCUCACUCGGCAUUAAGCUCACUAGAAGCCAAGCAUCUGCCGGCUACGGACGGUAACCUCAGCUCAAUGGAGCCGCGGCCAACAGCUCGCACGCACAAGCUCGCUCCACUCCCUGGGAGUCCUACAGCUCGCAAUGAAGCAGCCACCGGAUCGGCCAUUAGACCGGCUACGCUGUUCACGACACCGGAGAAGGAGGAAACGCAACAACCCCAAGUGUGUGUGCAGUGCAGCAAGAGUCGAGAGAUGCCGCCGAUGCAUUGUGCUGCGUAUAACGGACAUGUCACCUGUCUCGAACUUCUGCUACAAAAAGCCGAUACGGAGACGGAAGAUCAAGGCAAGACGAAGACAAACUGGUUGGACAAGAAACAACGGACGCCUCUGUUCUACGCGUGUGCAGCGAAUCGACUCGAGUGUUGCGCUCUACUGGCGCGUGUACGUCGCGUAUGGCUAAACACUCCGGACCGGCAGAUGGAUACACCCGUGCACGUCUGCUGCUUCUUCGGCUGGCAUCAAUGCUUGCAGCUUCUAUUAGAUGCUGGCGCUGACCCUCAUGGUCGCAAUGCAAAAGGUUUCAAGCCGUCGCACUUGGCGGCCUCACCCGAGUGUCUUGAGGCUCUGUUAGCGUUCGGAGACGACCUGCUUCAAGGCGAUAAACUGGGUCGCUCGCCUCUAUUCGUCGCCUGUGCUCGAGAUCGUGUGGCGUGCGUUGAGUUCCUGUGUGCGUGGAAUAACCAGUCGCGUUCCUGGAUGCUGGAGCUCGAAGAUCAACGUGGUGAUCGAGCUAUCCACGCAGCUGCAUGCAAUGGAAGUACUGGGUCUCUGGCUGUGUUGCUACGGUAUGGUGCUGAUCCACUGACGACUAAUGCGAAAGGAAUGAGUCCCAAGGAUUUAGCUAUUGCCAACAAGCAUCCAGACUGCGAAGCUCUACUGAUUCGGGCUGAGAAUGAACUUGCAGCUAGUGCGGGGACGUCAUGGCUGGCGCCGGCUAAUGCAGUCGACACUGAAGGUUACUAUGGCGAAUCUAAAGCCGAAGGAGACUGGAUCCAGUGCUGGGAUAACGACAGCGGCCAGGCUUUCUACUACAAUAACCUUACUGGAAAAUGUCAAUGGGAAGCUCCACCCGGCUUCGAGACUUCUCCACAGCAUGGGGUCAAUCAAUACAACCAAUACUCGGAGGCCUCUGGAGAAACAGAAGAUGGGAAUGAAGAGUACGUGUGGGUUAAGAAGAAGAAGCAAACGGUCUGUGUGGUUACUGGACGUGAGACGGAGUGGACGGCAGUGCAGGAUCCGGUAUCGCGGGCUAUUUACUACAAGAACACACGGACAGGUCAGUCUCAGUGGGAAGAACCGGACGCAGUUCGAGAACUCGCGAGUGCUGCUGGCGCGCGUACGUCUCAAGAAGCGUCACGGGUGUGGGAAGGGCUCGAUAAAUCGCGUUCGGCUCUGGCUGCUGCGAUCGCGCGUGAGAAACGAAGACAACUUGAGGCUCAUGAACAGACUCUGCUACAGGCGAGACUGUACGUACGACAACGUCGAGAAGAUAUCGCGAAACGUGAGGAGCAGGCGCGUUUGGCUCAACUGCUUCCUCGCUCGUCUUUCGUGCGACGUAAGAAGCAGUCAAUGAUGAUGAAAGUGACGACACACAACCGUCAAGCUACCAACACGACGUCUAGAGUUGUAGGCAAGAGGCAGUCGAGUCUUGAUGAAGUGUUGAGCGAGAAUGAUGAUACCAAUGAAGAAGGAGGAGCGGAAGCGCGACUGGAGGAGAUCUGCUCAAACGAACCUGCGAUGGAUAUGUUCAUAAGCACAUACUUGAAGCUACGUGGCGUACGAGAUCUCCAGGUCCUCACGACGGAGAAACGAUUGAGUAAUUGUCUGUUCCACUACUAUGUGGCGCUUGUGGAUCCAGUGCAUCAACGUGGCAUGAGUAAAAGCCAAUUCCGUUUGGUACUACGAGAUAUGAACGUGAUCCCAGGAGGAACUUCCGCUUCGGCGUCUUCUCUUGUAUCCUCUCGAAAUGGUACAAGCAUACCGCCACUCAAACUCCACGUGACUGAUCUCAUCUUCUCUCAAGCCGAACGUACCAUAACGCAAGAAGGAUCUCCUCACGCUUCAAGACUGACCCAUCGUCAGACAGCACCUUUGGCAGACACGCACUUGAGUCUGAGUGGGUUUACAGCAGCGAUGCUCAUUGUUCGUGAACGCGUCGUGGCACAGGCAGAGCAGUCAAUGCAACUAGCAGGUGGAGAGGAUCCAGAGAUCGACGACGAUGAAGAAUGGUUCAUGUUGCGUUAUCUCGUGCCAUUGUCGCUACGUCUUGGAGCUCGACUACUGACACAGAUUCGUCGCUGUAAAGAGCUGGAUCUCCAGCUUACAAGCUCCCAAGAACCUACUGCUGUGGCUGCACGUCAACUGCUAGCGGCUAAUCGAUCAGCUGUGCAAUUGUUGCAUCGCCACUACUCUCGACGUGAGCUUCACGUGGAUAUUGACGGUGGUGUACCGAUUGUAUCGACUCCCAAAGCCUCAGCUCCUCGUCGACUGGCCGUACUCACGUUUCGAGGGUUAGCUAUGUUUACGAGCGAUUUCAACUUGCUAGCGCCAGGUUCUGGUCUCCCAGCGCUACAUUCUCUACUGGAGGCAGUCAAUUGGAUAUCUGGCAGUGCACAUACCGAAGUGAUCUCGUUUGAGAAGUUCCAGUUGCUGCUGGUGACCUUGGCUGUACUCCCGUUAUCAACACCUAAUACCAAUCUGUGGACUUCUAGAAUUGGAGAAGGUGAUAGUUCUGGAACUUCUCAAACCGGUCCUCGUCCUCUUAUCGAACCGUUGACUGAAUUCUUCAAGAAGCUGGCAGAUAGCCCCGCGCUAGUUCGAGUCGCAGCGGAAUCCAAAGUCGGAGCGAGCGAUGAAGGUUCUGAAGACUCAGGAUCAACAUUGACAAGUAGCAACCCGCAGUCCCUCUUCGUUCUAGCUGUGCCUUCAGACGCAGCGAAUGUAUCGAACAACCAAGAGUAA